AUGAUUGAUCCAAGAGAUGUAAUACAAAUAGACUCGCUCGACCCUGAUGUUAAUUAUCUAAAUGAAGAUAAAUUGCUUAGUCUAAUUCAAAAUGAAGUGGAUUAUCUAGUAAUUGAUAAUCCAAAAGAUAUUUUAGGUGAAAUCAAUGAAUAUGAUUAGUUUUUAAUUGAUUGCAGAUCUGAAGCAGAAUAAUUAUCAUAAUCAGGCAUGCUUAAAGACUCUGGCUAUGGUAAAGAUAGUGAUUAUGUUAAAGAUAAAAAAGUUAGAGGUGAUCAGUUUAUCUGGCUUUCUUAUCUUGCUAAAAAUUUUAGUGAUUAAAAUGAUUAAGAAAAUAGCCAAAAGCUUUAGAAUCUUUAGAAAUUAGUUCAAUAAAUGACAAGUUUAUCAGCAAAAAUUAAUAUGUAUGAAAAACCCAUUAAUUAGAUUAGUGAUUUUGAGGUAUAAUUAGCAAGCUAUAAUGGCUCAGGCGAGUAUUAUUUAAGACACAAAGAUGCAUUUAGAUUAGAUGAAAAUAAUUUGGCAGAUAAUCAGAAAAUGAGAAAAUACACACUAAUAACUUAUCUAAAUCCCAAUCUUGAAUAGAUUAAGGAAGUAAAAACAAACAAACUUGGCUAGUUAAGAUUAUAUCUCAAAGAAAAGAUUGUUGAUAUAGUCCCUCAUUUGAACAGAUCAAUUUUAUUUAAAAGUGAAAGUGUAGAGCAUGAAGUUAAGCCAACAGUCGGCUAUCAAAGAUUUGCUGUAACAACUUGGUUCCGACAUAUUCACAGCGCAAGUCUAAAAGAUUAAGAUGAUUAAAAAAUGAAAAACAAUUUAAAUGAAAUUAUUUAAUAGUAUAAGGACUUGUGCAAUUUCAGCAUUGAUGAGGUCGAUUAUAAAGAAGCUAAAAAUGCUUAUUAUGCAAGAAUCAAAGUAUAAAGACUAUAUAAGCAAGAGACUUACUACCUAUAAAUAGAUUCUCAUAUGAGAUUUGUAUAGAAUUGGGAUGAAAUCUUAAUUGGCUAUCUAAAUUAAUGCUCUGAACCUUAAAAAUCUAUAUUAACAAUAUAUCCUAGACCUUAUAAGGUAGAUUAAGAUUUUAAAUAAAAAGAUAGCCUUGAGGGACCUUUAGUUAUGGCCUUCAAGGAAUUUUCAAAAAUAGAUGGUCUUCCAAGAUUCAGUUCAAAGAUUAUUAAGAAAUCUGAUGAUUUUAAAAAGCCCUUCAAAUCUUUAUUCUGGGCAGCAGGAUUCAGUUUUUCAUAUGGGAAAAUAAUUGAAGACUGUGGAUAUGAAAUAAAUUUUACUAAUUCUGAUACAUUUAUUGAUGACUUAUUUUUUGGAGAGGAAAUCUAUUAGAUUUAUAAAUUCUAUAAGAAGGGAUAUGAAUUAUAUUCUCCUCCAAAGACUGUGGUGUAUCAUUUAUGGGAAAGGGCUUACCGAAAAACUUAUAAUGGUGAUCAUUCUAAGGAUCAAAGUCGUGCUGAAAGAUAAAGCUUAUGUAUAAAAGCAAUAAAGAAUACUUUUUUAGAAGAUAAAUAGUUCAUCAAGGAGAUGUAAUAGAGUAGAGGACUACCCCUUAUUGAGGAUAGUAUCUUCCAAGCAGACUUCAUAUCUAUUGAUACUGAGUUUUCUGGUAAGAAAUUGAAUUUCAAUAUGAUUUAAGGAUAUUGUGCAAAUGACGAUGAAAAAUCUUGCGAGUAUGACUCAGUUGAAGUAAGGUAUUAGAAGAUAAAAGCAGCAGUACAAAGAUUUUCAGCUUUGUAAAUUGGAUUGUGCUGCUUUAGAUGGGAUGAGUCUGCUAAGAAAUAUAAAUGCAGGCCGUUCAGUUUUUACAUAUUUCCUAAAUCUAAAAUUAAUGACAACCUUAAGAUGUUCUAGGCUUAUUACUAAUUAGAUAAGCAAAUUGACUUAAAAUAGCAAUGCUAUUAUAAAAUCACGAAGAACUUUCCUUCAAUCAGAUCCUAUACAGCUUUAAGUGCAACUCACUAAAAAGAACUUGAGGAAAUGAUGAAGCGAAUAGAAUUAUGGGUAUAUGACUAAAAUUCCUAUGAAAGAUUAACUUUUUAAAUUCCUUCCUACAGCCUUAAGAAGGCUCUCUCUAAAGAGGUGACUAGAGUUUACAUGGGAGCAGGUGUUUUUACUGAGUUUCAAAGAAAUUCCACUGAUACCAUAGUCAAGAAGAGUAAAAGUUUUAGGCAAACUUAAUUUCUGAGAGAAAAUGUGCCAACCGAGGAAAAAGAAUCUUAAUCUACAAUUGAAAUACCAGAUGAUGAGGAAAUGAAAGAGGAAUAUCAAACUGUUGAUAGACCAAAUAUUGUUAAAGAUGAAAAUGCUAAUGACAGUAAUCCUCAUUAACAAAAAGAGGGUAUUUAAGACAAAAAUAUCAUUCAAAUCUAGCUGGAUUAGGAGGUCAACACUCUAUUUAAUUAUGAAUUAGGGUUUAGUAGAGUAAUCUAGAUAAUAAUAGAUUCUAAAAAACCAAUUGUUGGUCAUAAUAUGAUGUAUGAUGCAGUAUUUAUAUAUAGACAUUUUAUUGGUGAUCUACCUAAUUCAUUUGAACUAUUUGCAAGGUCUUGGUUAUAAAGAUUUCCGGAGACAUAUGACACAAAGGCUAUAUCAUUAUCAACAAAUUAUUUUUACCAGACAGAUUUAAAAAAUCUUUACAAUAAAUGUGUAAAUGAUAAGAAGCUUAGAAAUAACUUGAAUAUUAGUUUGGAUAAAGAAUAGGAUUCUAUAUUUGGCUUGUAUGAUGGCAUUGGAUAGGAGCAUGAUGCUGGAUAUGAUGCUUAUAUGACUGGGUAUAUUUUCGCUUGCAUAUCCAAAUACAUUGAAAUUGGAAAGAUCAUUGAACCAGCAAGACUUAGAGAAAAAUAAAUUGAAUAUUUUUCCUAAGACAACAUAAAUAAUGGAAAUAGCAAUUCUCGAAAAGCAAAGAAAGGUAAAAAAUAGAAGAAUUAGCUUUUACAAAAUGAUUAAGAAACGGAUAAUAAGGAAGAAUUCUAAGAAAUCUAAGAAAUAUUUCUUGUAGUUGAUGAUGAGGACAUGGGUUAUAAGACUUCCUAGAGUCCUUAGAAAAUUGAAAAAUUAUAAGAUUCACCUAGUAAACUCUUAUAAAAUGGAAGAGGCAUCAAGCACUAUUCAAUGGUAUAAAAUAAAUAGAUAUACUAUCCUGACUUGAAAGAAUUUAAAAAUCAAAUCAUUUUGAGUACUGAUAUUCCCAGAUACUUUUCACUUGAAGGUAUAUUUAAUUAUUUAUGA